AUGACAGGGAUGGAUAAGCCUUCGGAGACGAAACGACUCCUCUUUAUUAAUACCAAUGAAAAUGAUUUCCAUUCACGUAGAAGUCGCCAUAAGUCAAUUGAUUCCGAGGCUCGUCGGCAUGUUAUGCUUGAUAUUGGCCGGGCCCGACAAAAGCCUUCAAAGGACCGCCGGUUUGUCACCCUGACAUGGCAGGCACAAAAGGACACAGGCAAACAAGAAAGUCCAAAGAGAAGACACCAUGGUCUUUUUAAAACACCCGAGAAGUUCCAGGUCACAAUGAGCACACCUACGUUGUAUGCAUUCGCUGUCUUCGAGAGGGAAUGGGGAGAGGAUUCGUUCUCGGCAUACGGUUUUACUCUUAUCAUGACCACGGGGCAAAAUGCGAUGAGCGGCACGUAUUUGACAAAUACGUUUUGGUCCCCUUUCGCCUUCAGGAAGUCUGCCUUUCUGAAGCACUACCAGCAAAUCUUUAGUUCACCAGAGGUUCUUGUCCCAUUAUACCGUCAAUCAUCUUUAGAACUCAAGGCAAUGGCGCUGGAGCGCUCACUGAUGACAAUUCAGUGUAUCGAGUCCAGACUUGCAAGCUCUGAUACAAGUUGGGCAACAUCAGACAGCGUUAUUAGUGCUGUUCUGGCACUGAUCUGCUACAAUUUUUCCAACCUAGAUUUCGACCAAGCGAUGGUUCACAUCAGGGGUAUUUGGAUGGUGAUUGAGGCCAGGGGCGGCAUUUCUACUGUAGAGAAUAACCAGGACCUAUUCCUCAUGGUAUCAUGGGUCGACAUCACGGCAGCACUUCUGCAUAACACGAAACCCUUAUUUCCACUACCCAUGAGGAUGAACGCAUCUGUUCGCCCAGGCCUGAGUACGCUCCCAGAUCCGCUUUUUUGCCUCCUUGACGGCUAUGCAUUGUAUGAUGAGCGCUUUCUUGCGGUUCUUGCAUGUAUGGGAGACUUGAAUUCACUUGCCACAUUCCUCCGGACCGGCGAGAUGACUAAGGGCGAUGCCAUCUGGAGUGAUGGAGAGCAAAUUAAUCUCCUUUUGAAUCCCAUUGCGCAUGACUUGUUAAACCAACAACUAUCGGAACCUUCGCAGUCUAAUACACCUUUCGAAAUGAUCUUGAAGUCACUUCGGCUUGGGGCUAUCAUCUGGAUCAUACAGACGAAGCGAAGGUGCCGCUCUUAUCCCGGCACUGCUCAAACACAUAUCACAUCGCUCCUCAGAAUACUAUCAAAGGAUGCAGAAGCUGAUUCUCCAUGGAACUGCCGUGCAGACCUGCAGGUUGUUCGUCUCUGGCUCCUGGUUCUCUGCAGUGUCAGCGAACCGAGUGGCCAGGACUAUGCGACCUUGAUGCAAAUAAUAGCUUCCGAAAUGAAAGAACUGGACCUUGUGACUUGGAUCCAGCUUGUUUCUGUCAUACAAGGAAUGCCCUGGAUCUACUCGAGGAACGUGCCAGACGUGAGCAUCUCGUGA